AUCUAACGAGCAGUCUUAUCUGAAGACACCUUGCAUCGGGUCCGAGUCUAAUCCAGAUGUGUGUUUGUCGUCAAUCAACCAUAUGGCCCCUGACCUAUGACUCCAAUCGGAAUUAUCAGCGAAUGCAACUGUGUGCAACAUGAAUAAAAGACACUGGAUUCUUGUGCAGCCCCAAUCAGUGGCCAAUAAGCAGCACAAAAUGUACGAUUGGACGGGCAAGAAUGUUGUGUUUGCGGGUGGAUUUACCGGAAUUGGAUUCCAAUUGCUGCACCAGCUGAUGCAGCGCCAGAAGGUGAAAAUGAUUGGCAUUAUGCACCGCAUGGAGAAUGUGGAGAUGAUGCAGAAACUGCAAGCGGAAAAUGCCAGCGUUAAACUGGUCUUCAUGCAAGUCAACCUGAUGGACAAGUCCUCCAUUGAGCAGGCCAUGCAGAAGAUGGGCCAACUGAUGGGCAACAUCGAUGUGCUGAUCAACUGUGAGGAUGUGCUACUCGACAAGGAUGUGGAUACAACGAUUGCCAUCAAUUUGACUAGCAUGAUGCACAUGACUAUGAAGGCGAUGGUCUACAUGGACAAAACCCAAAUGGGCCAUGGUGGCUUGGUGGUGAACAUGUCUUCCGUCUAUGGACUGGAGCCGGCGCCAGCUUUUGCUGUCUAUGCGGCAGCCAAGCAUGGCGUCAUCGGCUUCACACGUUCGAUGGCUGACAGGCAUAUCUAUGAGAAGACCGGCGUCAUGUUCAUGGCGAUGUGCCCCGGUCUAACCAACACUGAGAUGAUGAUGAACCUUCGCGACAAUGUCACCUGGGAGCACUCCAUGCACCUGGUCGAGGCCAUUGAGAGCGCCAAGCGUCAGAAGCCCGAGGAGGCGGCCAACCAAAUCAUCAAAGCCAUCGAAAUGAUGAAAAACGGCAGCAUGUGGAUCAUCGAUAUGGGACAACUGAAGGAAGUUAAUCUCCAGAUGCAGUGGCAAAUGUGAAGCCUACUCGAAAGAUAACCAAUAAAUACUCCCAGCUACGAGUCG